UGUUGUGUGUCGGCUGAUGUGGUUUAGAUUGUUCGGUUAGGUUACCUACCUAGAAGAGUGUGGUUAGGUAGCUAUUACCCAGUUAUCUGGUCCCUGGACGAUGUCGAGUCGUGCUCUGCGGAGACUGAAGGGGAAACAGCGAGGACAGGAGGCCCUAGAUCUUGGAUAUUUACAGCUAGACGUGGGAGAAGAGGCAGCGGAGUUGGGGGAAGAGGAUGAACAGGACGAAGGUCCUUUAGAGCCAGCCAAGAAGAGCAGCAGCCGGAAAGCGAAGAAAAACAAGUCGCAGAAAAACCUCAGCAAUAUUUACGAGCUGAUAUGCGAUGCUGAAACUGAGUCAGAGAAACCCACCGACGAAGAACUGGGCGUCGGUUUAGGACACCUAGAUGGUGAGGAGAGCAAGGAGAAGAGAGACAGCCAGGAGACUGAGAAAGGCGAAAGGCAGCCUGAGCCGGAGACAGAACCGUGCAAUGUGGGGAGCAAGGCAAGCAGAAAGAAGAAAAAGAAGAAGAAAAAGACCACAACAGGAGACACACAGCAGGUGGAGGCAGCAGGAGAUGAUAUUGAUGCCUUGCUGGAGACUAUUGAGAAGACGAACGGUAUUUCCUAUCAGAACGAGAGCUGUGGCAGCUCAGAUAACCGUUCCGUGCUGUAUGUCGAGCAUAAGAAUCUGAAUCCAGAGACGGAACUGAAAAGAUACUUUGGAGCCCGUGCAGUGUUAGGUGACCAGAGGCCCCGGCAGAGACAAAGACAGUUUCACCGCAGCACGUGGAUGACAGUCCUCAAAGACACCUGGCCACGCUUCAGUAGACCAGGGAUCUCCAUGAGUCUCCUGGAGUCCAAAGAAGGCCUGCAGUAUUUCACCUUUGAGCACAACAGAGACUACCAGCAAGUGCAGUUUAAGUUCCUGGAUGCUGUUGAGUCCAUGGAUCCCAACAACAUUGUGGCACUGCUGCAGAUGAACCCCUAUCACAUCGACUCCCUGCUGCAGCUCUCAGAUGUGUGUCGCAUCCAGGAGGACCAGGAAAUGGCCCGGGACCUUGUUGAGAGAGCUCUGUACAGCUUUGAGUGUGCGUUCCACCCUGUAUUCAGCCUGACAUCAGGGACUAGCCGACUGGGCUAUCUGCGGCCAGAGAACAGGGCAUUUUAUCUGGCUCUCUUUAAGCACAUGAUGUUCCUGGAGAAGAGAGGCUGCCCCAGGACAGCCCUGGAGUACUGCAAGCUCAUCCUGAGCUUGGACCCUGAAAAUGACCCUCUGUGCAUGCUGCUACUGGUUGACUACCUUGCCCUGCGCUCACGGGAGUACUCUGCCCUAAUCCGACUCUAUGAAGAGUGGGAGGUGCAUAGAAACUUGUCCCAGCUUCCCAACUUCGCCUUCUCGGUGGCCCUGGCCUACUACCACCUGAGCCAGCAGGAUGACAUGGUUCAAUCUGAGAGUGCCCGCAUGAAGCAGAAGUCUGACCAGUUGCUGCAGACUGCCCUCAUCAUGUUCCCUAGUGUGCUCAUGCCCCUGUUGGACUUGUGCACGGUACAGCCUGAUGCCACCGUGUCCUCACAUGUGUUCUUUGGACCCAAAAGCCAAAUGGGGCAGCCCCCGGCCCUCAACGAACUGGUGUCCCUGUAUGUGGGGCGCAGCUACGCGCUCUGGAAGGAGGGUGGGGUCAUGGUGUGGCUGGAAGGCAAUGUUGGGGAGGUCCUGCGUAGAGUGGACUCCAAGGAUCCCUUCGUUGAAGACUGCGAGAACAAGAGAAAGCUGAGAUAUCAGAGCGCCCCAAGGAACAUCCAUCGUCAUGUCAUCCUGUCUGAGAUAAAGGAGGCCACUGCUACUCUGCCUCUGGAAGUGACCACUCAGCCCCUGAUGGGGUUUGACCCUCUCCCUCCUCUGGACUCUGUGGUGUCCUACACCAGGCCUGAGAGGCAAAAUGGCGCAGCCUCCAAUGAGAGCACCUUGUCCCUAUUUUUCCGUUCCCUAUUGCCAAACUUCAACAUGCAGGGUGGUGUGCGGCCCGAGGACGACCGAGAGGUGGCUCGUGCUGGACGAGAGCUCAACCAGGAGGUCAACCGGCUGAUGGUGGCCAUGAGAGACAUGCUGGCCAACAUUCAGUUCCAGGAGCCACCUCGAGAGGAUAACCCAGAGAGGGACGAGGAAGAGUGGGACUGAGAGAGGGAGACAGGAAAGAGUAGCAGG